GCAUAUUCGACACAUUUUCGUGCGAUCGUUUCUAUCGGUUGGGGUGUUUAUAACUACGUGUCAACGACGGGCAACGUCGUUUGGAAUGCAUGAUGGUACUGCGCCAGCGUCUUUUGCUGUGCGAACGUAAGGGGAUUAUUGUCGCUCAAGGCCACGUCAAAGUGGCGAUGGUCAUGCGACCCGAUGGCCAGGGCAUAGGUUAUGUCAUGGCCGACGUAGGCAGCGAAAGGAGAGUCAGGGGCAAAGGUGCUCGAAUUCGACACGUCAUAGCGUUGGCCGCUGAAGACGAUCCAGCGAUUGCAAACUUGCGGGGAGCUGGGGCGUUGGGAGCGCACGGAUCGUCGUUUCCGUGUGCCAAAGCCCAACGGACAGGUUGGCGAUGUUGCGGCAUGUUCAGUCGACGAAUUCAGAACCUCGCACCGAAGCAAGUCCCACCGUGGCUCACGAUACAGGUCGGACAAUUGACCCACAAUUGGAAACUUGGACACGAAGAUUGUCAGCCAAGAAUGGAGCACCGAACGCUCUGUAUCUGUGAAAGGCCCUUCGAUGUCGGAGUCAAGGGACAACGAGGCAAGAUCUGCAUCAGCAUUCGUUUGUCCACUGCACAGACAUCCACUGAAAGCGACCGUGGCAUCAUGGCCACCAAUGGGGCCGUACACGCCAUCAUGACCAAGGAGUCCUUCUUCGUCAAUGGAGAACACGAUACCACAAAGAGACACCCACUUUGGUUGUGCAUUGAGCUCGCGCAAGGAUAUUUUCUUCUCGUGCUUUUUAGCAGAUGCUCUUCUGGACGCCCGUAUCAUGAACAGCGACACAGCGCCGACGACGGCUGCGCUCGCCAUCAUCUUUGCCCAAGGCAUAACGUAAAGCGCUACUUUUGAGAGGAACGGUGGGUGACACCAGC